AGAAGGUGAAUGGUUACAGGGUCCAGGGUGAGUACAUAUCCGCUUCUUCUCCACUUGAGAUUCUGCAUAGGUGCAUAUUUCUAUUGAUAGAAAGCAACGUUCUCCACAUCUUUAUUUCCCUUCCUCCAUAACAUUCUCAUACAAAAUGGCACCAAGAGGAUUAGCAAUUAUAAUCGGAGCAGGCCCAACUUCAGGAGGAGGCAUUGCACGUUAUUUAGCCAAUCAAGGCAACUUAGCCGUAGCAGUACUUGCACGUAAUCCGACAAAUUUAAACGGUGUCGUAGAAAAGAUUCGUUCAACAAACAAAGCUGCAAUUGUUGAAGCAUUUCCAACGGAUACUUCAGUUGGACAAUUACAAUCAACUUUCAAGAAAAUCUCUCAACAUGCUUCCUUUCAAGGUCUAAAGCUUAAACUAGCAAUCUAUCAUAUCAAACAAAGCGCAAAAGAACCUUUCCUGGAUACUAAACCUGAGGAAUUCUCUAAAAGUAUGGAUACAUAUGUCACAGGUGCUCUAACAUUCGCACAAGAGAGUGCCCGCUUGAUGUACUCUCAGAAUGGCGGCCAAACAUUGUUGGCUGAUACAAAAGGCGAGAAAAAGGGAACGAUUAUCUUUACGGGCACCUUGGGCGCUUUACGUACGAAUGCGGAAUAUACAUCUUAUGGUGCCACACGUUCAGCAGCUCGUAGCGUUGCACAAGCAUUAGCAAAAGGUGAAUCAAAGUUUGGCAUUCACGCCGUUCAUGCGAUUGCCAAUGGUCCAAUUCGUGAUGAAGAAUCAGAAGCGACAAAAACAGGUGCAAGUAUGAGCGCAGAUGCAGUUGCAGCUGAAUAUUUGCAUUUGAUGGAUCAAAGUCCUGCUUUAUGGACUCAUGAGCUUGACUUACGACCCGCACAAGAGAAGUUUUAAUGAGCAUUUAGAACAUACUUUCACCCUACCGCCAUCCUCCUAUCUGCGGCCAUAGAACCGUGAGAGUACCGCAUCCCGUCC